AUGGCGUCCACGACGUCGGCCAGCGCCCAGAUCGACGCCAUGUGCUCGAACGCCGAGUACAAGGAGACGUGCGAAAAGACCCUCUCCAACGCCAACAACACCGAGCCCAAGGAACUCCUCCUCUCCGCCUUCAACUCCACCAUCCGCAACCUCAAAACCGACGUCCGGACAUCCGCUCUCUACAAAGACGCGGCCGAGGAUCCCCGCACCAAAGGCGCCCUCGCCGUGUGCGAGCAAGUCCUCCACACCACCAUGGACAACAUGCGGAGAUCCUUCAAGCAGGUCGACAAAAUCGACGUCAACCAAAUCAACGACUAUGUCGACGACGUCAAGCUGAAGACUUCUGGUGAGCUGCUGAGCAACGGCCUCGCGAUAGUCUCUGGCGUCUCCAAGCUUUUCGAGACGCUUGAUCUCGGAAAGCUGCUUAGCGGAUCCAAGAGGGUCCUUGCAGAGACUGCCCCCGGGUUCCUUGGCCAUCAUGCUAGGGGCCUACUUGGCGCUGCGCCGGGGACGUUCACGCCGAGCCCGGCCGGAGUUUACAAGGAGGUUCUAAAGGUCCCUGGCGGUGCUAACAACGUGGUCUUCGUCGGAGAAGGCCCGACGAAGACUGUCAUCUUCGGCAGCCAGAGCUUCGCAGACGGCAUUCCUACCUUCCAGACUGCAAUCCUUUCCAUUGAUGGUGAUGACUUCAUGGCGAAGGACAUCGGGAUCGAGAACACGGCCGGAGCAUCCGGCCGCCAGGCUGUGGCCGUGCGCGUCUCCGGGGACAAGGCGGUGUUCUACAACGUCCACAUGAGCAGCCACCAGAGCACCCUCUACGCCCACAUCUACCGCCAAUUCUACCGCGACUGCCACAUCUCGGGCACCAUGGACAUCAUCUGGGGCGACGCCCAGGCCGUCUUCCAAAACUGCGUCGUCGCGGUAAAGCAGCCGCUCCCCAACCAGGAUUGCACGGUGACCGCCCAGGCCCGCAACGACAGCCGGGCCGUGGGCGUGACCGUGCUCCAGAACUGCAGCAUCACGGUGGAGAGGGAAUUCUUCGCUGUGAAGCCCUCGGCCAAGGCGUACCUGGGCCGGCCCAUGAAGGCUUUCUCGAGGGCGGUCGUGAUGGAGUCGAACAUCGAGGGCUUCAUCGCGCCGGAGGGGUGGACGCCGUGGAUGGGGACGUUCGGCCUCGAAACGCUCUAA